GGUGAUCAGGGAGGAGCAGGUGUUCCAGGAGAUAUCGGCUUCCAAGGAGACAAGGGUAGCCAUGGUUUACCUGGAGUCCCUGGGGCACGAGGAAAGCCAGGACCCCUGGGAAAAGUUGGUGACAAAGGUCCAGUUGGUUUUCCAGGACCGCCGGGCCCUGAGGGCUUUCCAGGAGACAUUGGCCCUCCCGGAGAAAACGGUCCCGAAGGCCUAAAGGGGAAGCCAGGAGCACGAGGUUUACCUGGGCCGAGAGGACUGCCUGGACAAGAGGGAGAUGAAGGACCCUUAGGACCACCUGGAGUCCCUGGUCCAGAGGGUCGAUCUGGCCGGAAAGGUUUUCCAGGAAGACCUGGUCCUGAUGGUCCAAAGGGUGAGCCAGGAAACCGUGGCCGACCGGGGAAAGUUGGUGAACAGGGUCUAAUGGGUUUUAUUGGUCCAGUAGGGGAGCCUGGAAUGGUGGGAGAAAAGGGUGACCGUGGCUCGGUGGGACCCCCAGGCCCUCCAGGAGUCAAGGGGUCGAUGGGGCAUCCUGGAACACCAGGAGGAGUGGGUUUUCCUGGAAUCCCUGGCCCAACAGGUCCGGCGGGAGUCCGUGGUGCACCAGGGAUACGAGGGACGAAAGGCCGCAGGAUUUAA